AUGAAGAAACUUCCAAUGGCUUCUUGUGAAACAUCGUACUGGUCCCAUGUGAUGCUACGGAAUCGAUUACGUUCUUUUGAUGCCGCCAAAACAGAAUCUUGUCGAUGUUGUUCGUUCGGAUUGCUGUUGGAGUUUAAGGACAAAAGAAAAAGAGUAAUCAAAGAUCAGCAAACGAGUCAAUUACGAAGCAAUAAAUAA